AUGGCCAGCAUAUGGAAUGGAACUGGGGGAGCGGCCAGCGUAUGGAACAGGGGGGCCCCCCAGCUGCGGGCAGUGAUACAGGGGCAGGGGGGAGGCAGUCGGCAGACAGUAGUUGGCAUUCAGUGCCGGAGCCCAGAGGAUCUGCUUGGGAUCUGUUCCCUGUGACCUUAUCAGGAUGCAAUAUCCGCGCAGGGGAGGAGGCGGAGGGAAGCGGAGGGAGGCAUGUGUGCUGGGGAGGAGGAGGGUACAGCGCUGUAUUCCCGAGCUUUGCUGCUGACGAGCAGAACCUGUCGGGGAAUCAGUGAAUGGGAAGCGGCAGCAGCGGCUUUGUUGGAGCAGCGAGAGGCAGGGGGGCCGCACAGCAAUGCCCCUCCGCUUAUUGGCCCCCAGCAGCCCCUAACAAGUCUCUGAGCCUCGGACGCUCUACUCGCUGAAACAUGUGCCAUGGAAUGUGUGUGCGGAGGGCACGUCUCUUUCUAGGGCAGCGGCAGUCUCUCCUGGCUCUGCUCCUCUGGGUCCAGCUGUCUCUGUGCUUCGGUCCUGUCCAUCUGUCUGUGGGAUUUGAUGAUCUGACGACUUGCGCUGUCCCCGAGGUGCCAGAAAAUGGCUACAGGACACAGAGCAUGGGGAUCUUCUUUGAAAACGCGGUGGUCCGGUUCCACUGCAAGAGCGGCUACAAGCUCAAGGGCCCCUCAAAGAAGAUGUGCGUGCAGCUGUAUAAUGGCUCCCUCGCCUGGAAGCCCAGCGACACCCCUGUGUGCCUGCAGGAAGUCACAGAUUGCCUCGCCCCGUACGUGGAGGACGCCGAUAUACUUAACAAGACCUACAAGACGGGGGACAAGCUGAUAAUGAGCUGCCGUGAUGGAUUUCAGACUCGUUACCCAGACUUGGACAACAUGGCGUCCAUAUGUCAGGAUGAUGGAACGUGGGACAAUCUCGCCAUGUGCCAAGGCUGCCUGAGACCGCUGGUUCAGCCCCACAGUUACAUUAACAUCUCGGAGUUUGAUUUCUCCUUCCCGGUGGGCCGAGUGGUCUAUUACCAGUGUUUCCCCGGCUACAAGCUGGAAGGGGCCGAGUACAUCGAGUGUAUGUACAACCUCAUCUGGUCGGCGGAACCUCCCCGGUGCCUCGAUGUGGAAGUCUGCCCACUUCCUCCCAUGGUGACCCACGGAGACUACACGUGCCACCCCCAGCCCUGCGACCGAUACAACCACGGAACAGUCAUUGAGUUUUUCUGUGACCCGGGAUACACCCUGGCCAACGAUUACAAGUACUUCACAUGCCAGUCUGGGGAAUGGUUCCCCUCUUACCCCGUCAUGUGCAUCAAAACAGAGGCAUCAUGGCCGAACACAGAGGAUACCCUGCUCACCACGUGGAAGAUAGUAGCCUUCACGGCUAGCACGGUGCUGCUGGUGCUGCUGCUCGUCAUUAUCGCCCGGAGCUUUCAGACUAAGUUCAAGACUCAUUUCCUUCCAAGGAGCCCACAGGACAGCACAGGGGAGCCGGACUUUGUGGUAGUGGACGGGGUGCUGGUCAUGUUACCUUCAUACGAUGAGGCUGUGAGCAGCGCAGUAAAUAUCACCCCCCCGGGCUACACGCCCUCUGCAGGACAGAGGAGUCCCACCCCGACAGAUGAAUCCCACCCUCCGGCAUACCCGGGGAUCCCAGGGAACACUGACAGCUUGUGUGAGGAAUCAGAGACCUUUGAUAGUUUAUUGGAUUCAUCAGAACUCGCCCAAACCCUACACUCAGCGUCCCUGUCCCACGUCAGAGCUGCGUCUGCAGAGAAUGCGACCAAUGGGGAAGCGCCAUCCACCAGCCCCAGCAUCGACAUUGCAGAUGGUAAUGAAAUUCCACUGAUGGACGAAGAGCCAUGAAACUACAAUGGAGCAAGAAGGGAAAUGCGCAGAACAGAGUUCUAUGGACAAUCUUCCUAUUUAUCAGAAACCUUUCCAGUUCCUGAGUUUGUUGGUUAAACCUAGAAUACAAAGGACAGAGUUCUAGGGGCCGUGUUGCCGCUGGUGACCCAACAGAAAGGAUCUGUGGGGGAAAGGGGCUCAUUCUUCCAUAUGGAUAAUUGUGUUGAGGAUUUCACGGAAGCACGACCUGUGGAGGACACAGACUAUUUUCUAUAUACACAGAUCGCUGAGGAUACAGUUCCAUAUUGACUGAGAGAAAACUCAGGGUCUUUGGACAGGUUUUGUUUGGUCAAGCGAAAGGGCAAUACGAAUGCAAUUUGCUACAGGAGGUUCGCACUGUCCCCCAAAUAUUUACCCCCAUGGGAAUCAGGGCCAUAUAAAGAAGCUUGUGUAACAUAAUCAUGUCAUUCAGUCCUCCAAAUACCCAUUCCCAAACCAUUAACCUCAGACAGAGCUGAAAGCUACAGGUGGGGCACCCCUUACCAAAUGGCAUAUUGUGGGUUUAUUGUGUAAAAAGUAACACAACUACUGCAGGAAUCAGUUAAAACCCAACAUAUUUGCAAGUGUUAACGCACAGUUACAUUUUAUGUCACCAAAUUUACAACAUGGGAACAAAAAAUACUAAUGUUGAUGGUGGUUUGCACCCCUAGUAAGUCAGUGCUUAGAAACCCCCCUUGGCACAGGUCACAGUUUGGAAUCACCUUUGGUACCAACCAAAGAGUCUUUCAGUUUUGUAUUGUAGGGAUUUUUGCCUGCUUUUCCUUGCACUUCUGACUACAAGAUCAUGUUUAAGAUCUACCCACAGAUGUGCAAGGAUGUGUAAGUCAGGGGACUAUGAGGGCCACACAUCCCAGCUUGCUUUCCUUUUGAGGUCUGUUUGAGAUCAUUUCCUUGUUGUAGGAGCCGGAUCCCCUUUUCAGCUUCAUGGCUGAAUGUUUCACAUUGGCACCCAGAAUUUGCUGAUAUUUACUCGAAUCCAUUCUUCCCGCUACAGAAAGUACAGUUGUUUCAGUGCCACUGGGUGCAACUAAAACAAAAUGCUUAAGGGCCGUGACAGACGGGGAGAAAAGCUGCUCCUUUUUUCUACAAAUCUUUGGUAAUUGUGGGCAAAUAAUGACAUUGUUGAUUUUGAAAUUUAGCUCCCCUAAUCUUGUGAAAAGUGUUUAUUGUGCCAACAAAUGAGGCAACGUUUUGGGCAUAAGCCACAAAUGUAACCAAAUAUGUAGUUGGCCAAGGGGAGCCCAAAGCUUUGCAUUCAGCGACAUCCACGUGCCUUUUCCAAAGGACGACAUUCAUAAAUCCCACUGCUGAACUUGUCUUAUCACUCUGCAAAUAAACACCAUUGUCUCAUUAUAUUCCA